UGCGAUGCUGCUGCUAGCGCUGCCAUUUCAUCAACAGCAACAUUCAUUUCAUAACAUUUUGCGGCCUUCAAAAACAGGAAACGAAAAAAAGAGAGCAGUGAAAAGAAAACGAACCCGUCGAAUGUAUCACAUUCGAAACGAGUGUGGUUGUAGACAAUAGUGUAGACUUCCGUUUACAAAUAAUAACCUUUUGUGGAGUAAAGCGUGCUGUGGAUUUUUCUCUUAGACCAAGGCCGUUCGAGCCCGUUGUUAUCGUUAUAAACCGUAAAAGACAUUACACAUUAGACCCGUCGUUGGAUCUCUCCAGGGGAAUUGUAAACAGUGGUUUAUGUGUCGCUGUAAUACUUUUUUUCGGCGUUUGUUCUACGAAAGAGGAGACGAGCUUCUCGAAACGAUGGAACCUGCAGCAUUCGGGUUCUGAACGCCGCAACUAAACAACAAGCGCGACAGUAGUCACCAUGGAGGCGAUAUGGCUGUACCAGUUCCGACUCAUCGUCAUUGGAGACUCGACGGUGGGGAAGUCGUGUUUGAUCCGACGGUUCACAGAGGGACGCUUCGCCCAGGUGAGCGACCCCACUGUCGGCGUAGAUUUCUUCUCUCGCCUGGUGGAGAUCGAGCCGGGGAAACGGAUCAAGCUACAGAUCUGGGAUACUGCGGGACAGGAGCGUUUCAGGUCCAUCACAAGAGCCUACUAUCGUAACUCUGUGGGCGGGCUCCUGCUGUUUGACAUCACAAACCGUCGCUCCUUCCAGAACGUUCAUGAUUGGUUAGAGGAGGCCCGGAGUCACGUCCAACCACACAGCAUCGUGUUCCUAUUGGUCGGACACAAGUGUGACCUGGAGCCUCAGCGUCAGGUGACCCGUCAGGAAGCUGAGAAACUCGCCGGCGCCUUCGGGAUGCGUUACGUAGAAACCUCGGCCCGCGACGCCAUCAACGUGGAGCACGCCUUCACGGAGCUGACCAGGGACAUCUUCCACCUGGUGAGGAGCGGUGACAUCACUAUCCAGGAGGGUUGGGAAGGGGUGAAGAGCGGCUUCGUCCCCAACGUGGUCCACUCCUCCGAGGAGGUCACCAAGAGUGACCGGCGGUGCCUCUGCUGAUCUGGAUGGAUCACUAGAGAGAUCUCUGACUCAAGCCUGGUUUCACCUAGGUCCUCCUGGAUCCAUUUCAGCUCUAGUUUAGCAAUUUCCCUCUGCUGAUCUGCAUCAGGAUGGAGGGAUCUUACCCACAACUACACUACAUGGUCAAAAGUAUGUGGACACAUCAAAUUAGUGGAUUUUUGCUAUCUCAGCCACACCUGUUGAUGACAGGUGUAUACAAUCGAGCACACCGCCAUGCAAUCUCCAUAGACAAACAUUGGCAGUAGAAUGGCCCGUACUGAAGAGCUCAGUGACUUUCAAUGUGGCCCCAUCAUAGGAUGCCACCUUUCCAACAAGUCAGUUUGUCAGAUUUCUGCCCUGCAAGAGCUGCUCCAGUCAACUGUAAGUGCUGUUAUUGUGAAGUGGAAACAUCUAGGAGCAACAGCGGCCCAGCUGCGAAGUGGUAGGCCACACAAGCUCACAGGUUGUCGAGAUCGGUGUGGAAGAACGUGACUGGCCUGCACAGAGCCCUGACUGACUGCAACCCCAUCAAACACCUUUGGGAUGAAUUGGAAAGCCGAGUGCGAGCCAGGCCUAAUCGCCCAACAUCAGUGCCCAACCUCACUCAUGCUCGUGGCUGAAUGGAAGUAAGUCCCUGCAGCAAUGUUCCAACAGCUAGUGGAAAGCCUUCCAGGAAAAGUGGAGGCUGUUCUAGCAUCAAAGGGGAAACCAACUCCAUAUUAAUGCCCCUGUUUUUGGAAUGAGAUGUUUGACUAGCAGGUGUCCACAGACUUUUGGCCAUGUAGUAUAGAUCCCUGGUUUCCCCAUCUCCUUUCUUCCAAUAUGCAAUCCCAUAACACAAUUUAUACAGUCAGAAAGCAUCACACACCAUGGUUGGGCAAGGUUUAGCCAAAACAACAUUCUAUUUGACUCAGUUUAAAGGAGACUAAGAUGGAGGGGGCUCUCAGUCUCUCCCCUCCCCCCCUCCCCCCAAAGGAAACUAAAUCUGGCCUCAAAAACUCUGUGGUUCUCUACUUUUUUCCCCCACCCAUCAUCCAACGACCACUGUACAAUCCCUAUCCAACACCCUAAUGGACUUUAUGGACCCUGUGGACAGGGAUGUAAGGGAACGACUGUUUGACUGACAGUACAGGUGGACAAAGUGACUCCAGGGACGUAUUCACUUCACAUCAAACGGAGGAAAUGGACAAAACAGGAAGGGACAACCUGAACCAAUAAGAAACAUUUUAUUUUUUCUUAAUGGUGUGCACUAAUGAAUACGACCCAGUAAAAGGUGGACUAAGGGGAUAUUAGGCAUCCCUGAGUACCGGUACAUUACCUGAACAUUACCUGUUCCCCUUUGCAAAAAUCCAAAUCCCCGAGGAGGGUCAAACUGACAACAGAGGAGGACUAUUCAUUUUAGUACGUUUGAACAAUGUCUCUGGAACUUGUCCUAGUGAUUCUGGAAUCUUGCGGAGGAACCCAUGGUAACAGUGGAGAGACAGCUAGGAGAACAUACUCUAACAACACCAUAACUACCUAGAAUUCCACACCUGCGGACAUCUAAAUUACAGUUAACUCUAUAGACACAACAGGUAUGGUAAUAGACAUGUCAAUAUCUCAAAUCAGGAUAGAAAUGAGGACACUCAUUACAAAAAUAAAAUCACAUUUUGUUAACGACUAAGAUGAUGUAACAAUAACCUUUCUGGUUUGGUAACUGAAACAUGAACUGGUUUGGGCAUAAUAGGUGGAGGGACAGAACUUGCUGUGUUAUAACAAAUGGUGUCCUACAUUUUAUUUUCAGUUGAAGAUGUUUUGUAGCCACUGUAUUCAAAGGUCAAUUUCUUUCUCAUCAGAAAAAAAACUAUGAUUCCUUCGUCUCUAGUGAUGAGAUUGAAAUAAGAUUUUAAUAAUCUGAUAAGGUUAUUUGUUUUGGAUAGGGGAAGCACCAUCGCUUUCCUCUGAAUGGGCGAGUGUAUACUACUGAUUCUGUAGGGCACCUUUUCAUACAUUUAAGUCAUUUAGCAGACGCUCUUAUCCAGAGCGACUUACAAAUUGGUGAAUUCACCUUCUGACAUCCAGUGGAACAGCCACUUUACAAUAGUGCAUCUAAAUCAUUAAGGGGGAGGGGGGUGAGAAGGAUUACUUAUCCUAUCCUAGGUAUUCCUUGAAGAGGUGGGGUUUCAGGUGUCUCCGGAAGGUGGUGAUUGACUCCGCUGUCCUGGCGUCGUGAGGGAGUUUGUUCCACCAUUGGGGGGCCAUCUACUUGAUUUGUGUAAUAACUGCAAGGAUGAACUACUAUCAUCCACCUUUUCCAAAGAGUGAUGGAUUAUCGUAUGUCAAUCUAACACACAGAUAUAGGAUCAGAUUACCAGAACCCCCAACACUAACCUUUACCAGUAGACUAAACAAAGACAUCGGAUCCUGUAUUGGUUCUUAGAGGCAACUUCUAUCUACUGUGUCACACACAAGCAGACGUGGGGCGCGUUCAGCAACGUUUUGGAAAGUUCAAGAUGUAAAUUUGCUCUGUGGCAUAUUGAACAAUGUUCCACGUUCAGCUCUAUUCGUGGAAAUUCCAACGACAUCGUUGGACAACGUCGGCUACUGAACGUGGACAAGCAGUUACUUAGCCUGGUGAAACCAGACAUAAUGAAAGGAAACAAAAGAGAAGCGCUGUGAAAUCAGUUGGAUACCAGGCUAGCUGUUGCUCAUAAACAAUAUAACACGCAAGUAGACCAUCAAUGUACAGCAUUACUAGGGUCGUAUUCAUUGGGCACCAAACGGAAGACAACAGACUGAAACAAGAGAGGAAACUACCCUCUCUGUUUUGCAACGUUGUGCCCUAAUGAAUGAGACCCAGGAUGAAUCUUUUCAUUUUACUCGAUGGCAUCUUCUCUUUGUCUCCAAGCUGUACAACACCAUGUAACUACUGUUCAUUCAGUUCAACAUCUAUGGAACUUUCUGGGCCACUACUAUUCUAUCAAAACAACUUGAAAUGUACUAAAAAAAAAAUCAAUAAAAAAUGUGACCGA